AUGAAUAGAAUAGAUAUGAAUAAAUUUGAACAAAAAAUAGUUUUAAAUGAAUCAUUAGAAGAAAAAAGUAAGAUAUUUGAGAGUCAAUCAAUAACUUGUAUUGAAGAUUUCUCAAAUGAAAUUUUUUAUGAAAUUUUUGAUUAUUUCAAUAGUUAUGAAAUAGUUGAAAAAUUUUCAAAUCUUAAUUCUCAAUUUGAUAAACUUCUUUAUUCUUCAUCAUUUUUAAUUAAAACUCAUUUUUUUUUAUUUCAUUAUAAAGAAAGAAUUAUCAACACAUUAAAUCAAUUGGAAAAAUUUUCAACUAAAAUAUAUUCAAAUUUGAAAAUUUUAUCUAUUAGUUUUUCAAAAAAUAUUGAUAUUCUUGAUGCGUAUCGAUGGGAAAUAAUUAUUUUAAAUUAUUAUCCUCAAUUAGAAAAAUUCUAUUUGAAUUAUUAUGAAUCUAUAAAUAAUGACAAUUCAUAUUCAAUUUAUUGUGGCAAAAUAAUUGAAUUUUCAUCAUCAUUUUGGAUUCAAAGAAAAUGGAUAUUUUAUGUUGAAAUUAAGUUUCUAAAUAUUGAAUAUAAAAUUCGUCCAUACAAUGAAAAAUGGUAUGAUGAUAGAAGUAAUAAUACAAUUAAUUAUUCUACUAAUUUGACAUUAAAAUUUAUUUAUGAUUCUAUACUCGAAGAAAUUGAACGAAUUUUAACAAUAACAAAUAUUUAUCAUUUGGAAAUUUUCGAAAAAGAAAUGUCAAUUCCUAUAUUAAUUCAAAUUGUUAAUCGAUUAUCAGAAAUUACUACAUUAAAAAUUCAUUCAUUAUCAACAGACAAUACAGCACAAAUAACUCUUGAAGAAAUUGAUAUGUUAUUUUUAAUGAAAAAUACAAGUAAUAUUACUAUGGUCUAUCUUGAACAAAUUGAUGAUGUUGGACACCUUCGUUUCGUUUUCAAACUUUGUCCAUAUAUGAAAUAUUUUAAAGUUGGUGUUACACAUUCAAUUGAUAUUCAAUUUUUUUUUCGUACUAUUUUCAUGAAAACUAAACAUAAUAACAGCCGUCAUUUUGAUUCAUUAUGUAUUCAUCUUCCAUCUGCAGAUGAUAAAAUACUUGAAGAUAUUAAAGAAACAAUUAAAUAUGAAAAUCUAUCGACUGAUUUUUUAAUUAAACAUGUAUUAGAUAAUGUUUAUUUAACAUGGAGAUAA